AUGCCAGUCUACNCCACCUUGUUCAGAGCUACUUGUGACUUCCAAGACAGAGACAUCCUGACGCCUGACCUUCUGAUUGGCAGAUUGAGUGAAGUGGAUAUUGUAAACGAGAAAAAGGUUAACGAGUGUAGGAAGUACUUGUUCAUCAACAUCGUGGGGCGCAGCUGCACUGACUGUACAGCGUUUACAUCUUCUGGAAAUCUUGAAAUGCAUACUCACCUUGAUGUCACUUCUAAUCAAUGUGACUUCAAACUUAAUCAGAACUAUAUCAAGGCCAACACUAAAACCUUUGGAAACUAUGAUAUUUUCGAUGAAAGAUUCAAAUGUACGGCAGCCACAAAGUCUACUACACAAUGGUGGUUAGGAGAAGAGAAAUAA